UUUAGGAAGAACUAAAAAAACAUAAUAAUGAGGCUGGAACUUCUCAAUCAACCCAAGACACACAAGGUUCUAUGUCUUGGAAGGAUGACAUAUUUUAUCAAGUACAAGGACCUGAUAAAAACGGACGUGUGCGAUGUAUGGGCAAGAUUCCUCAUUCUAAAAAAUCGAAGGUUUGUGCAUCUGAAAAUGAAGAGUUGCGCGAAAGAGUUAAGAAUAUGGAAAACUUGUUAGCAAAUGUGAUGACUUUAAUUCAAAAUCGAUUUUCUGGAGCAGAUGUUAAUGAUAUAAUACAAGCUGCAAGACAGGUUCCUGAUGCUACUAGUGCUCAAAACCAUUUGAAUUCACUUAGUCCAAACAACAACGAAAAUAAUGAAAAUGGUAAUUAG